AUAAUAAUGCGGACGAGAGCCCAAAAGAUCCUGCCAAUGCAUUUCGUCACUUGGAAAAUCUGAAGCUGAUGUUUGUGGACCCAGGCUCUUCUCCUCCGUCAUCUCCCUCUCAGUUUAAGGAUGCGAAGAGUUCUUAUGUGAGGACAUACGAAAAUGUUGCGUGUCCUUAUGGAUAUCAAAUUAAUUGCCAGUCUCAAUCGCACUCCUCGCCAUCUGUUGUGGGGUCUCGAUUUAAUGUGGCGAGUAGCGAAUUUCUGUCUUCUUUGGUGUAUGGUGGUGUAAAUGGUUAUGCAGAUGAGAGGAGAGGUUUUGUAAAUCCCGAGAAGUUAGUUCCUCCUGCAGAUAUGUUUAGUUUUUCUCCUGUCUCUGAUUUUCAUUCUAAAUGUACAUUAACCGAUGAUGAGAGGAGUUUCACUUUGGAACAGCCAUUUGCUGUUGGAAAUUCGCCAUUCAUUGAUGUGUCCAGUUCAUCUCACGGAGUAGUAGUUGAUCAACGCGCGGCAUUCGAGAAAUAUCUAACGUUGGAGAAUAAUGAAAUUUAUUUUGAACAGGAUGUGAAACUCGGUGCUGUUGCCAAUGAGCAUGCCUCAAAUUCUGAUUUUUUGGAGAAAAAGUCGAAUUUGCCCCAAAUAAUAUGUCAACCGGAUUUGAUAUUGUCCGUUCAUGUUCCGAAAUCAGAGCCGCAGUUGAUUGGGGCCAAGCUUUCUUCUUCGUCUUCAUUGUGUAGUUCUGUAGAAAAUCCAUCAGACGUCUGGAAAGAGCUAUCUGAAAAUUAUAAAAUAAGCUCAAACAAACCAAAUUUUCUCAUCAGGAGCCAGAGAGCUGAGAAUGAGCCGAACCAAAAUGGUCAUAAUGCCAUCGAUGGUAAUACAAGCUUUUUUGGAUGUCAUGUGCUUGAGCCUCAUUUUGUGAGAAAAGAAAAUAACGACCAAUCAAACUUCAUAGAUUUGGUUCAAUUACCUGAAAAUGAAUCUGGUUUGCCAGAAACAACCAUAAAUGAUGCUUUGGGUGAAGUCUCUGAUGAAAGUAUGACGAAAGAGAAACCCGACAGAAAUUCUCGUGAGGAAUUGAAAAUUAUAAGUGCUACUUCUGUCAGUUCUAAGUCAUCAGAUAAUGUUCAAGAAAUUUCUGAACCAGAAAAGGCUUUUGUAGAUGAACAGAGUGAAGAAACUGAAAGUGUUAACUAUGCAUCGGAAGAUGAUGAUGAUGGAGCUGACAUUGACAACAAGGAUGAACCCAUAAGUGAUGCUGCAAUUAUUGAAAUGGAAGCCAGCAUAUAUGGUUUGCAGAUCAUUAAAUAUGCUGAUGUUGAAGAACUACAAGAGCUAGGGUCCGGGACCUUUGGGACAGUAUAUCAUGGAAAGUGGAGGGGUACAGAUACCAAAGAUUUUUGGAGGGAGGCUAAGAUUCUUUCCAGACUUCACCAUCCUAAUAUAGUAGCAUUUUAUGGCGUGGUUCCUGAUGGGCCUGGCGGUACACUGGCCACCGUGUCUGAGUACAUGUCUAAUGGGUCAUUGAGACAUGUUCUCACGAGGAAGGAUAGAGCACUAGAUCGGCGUAAAAAGGUUAUAAUUGCACUAGAUGCAUCUUUUGGCAUGGAGUACUUGCAUUUGAAAAAUAUCGUCCAUUUUGAUUUAAAAUGUGACAAUUUGCUAGUUAACUUGGGCGAUUCUCAGCGGCCUGUCUGCAAGGUCACUGAUUUUGGAUUAUCAAGAAUCAAACAGAAUACACUUGUGUCAGGUGGCGUUCGAGGAACACUUCCUUGGAUGGCUCCGGAGCUUUUAAACGGAAACAGUAGUCGUGUUUCUGAAAAAGUAGACGUUUUCUCUUUUGGUAUUGCCAUGUGGGAGAUUUUGACUGGAGAAGAGCCGUAUAUUGAUAUGCAUUGUGGUGCCAUCAUAGGUGGAAUUGUAAAUAACACGCUGAGGCCAGCAAUUCCCGAACGUUGUGAUUCUCGGUGGAGAAAGUUGAUGGAGGAAUGCUGGUCACAUGAUCCAGCUGAAAGGCCUUCUUUUACUGAGAUCACAAAACGGCUACAGGUUAUGUCGACUGCUCUCCAACCCAAGAGGUUCAAUAAUAUAGUUAAAAGAUGAUGUAUCAAAAGAAACCUCUUUAAAGAGGAGCAAUGUAUAUUGUAUAGUUUGUAGUAAGAAAAAAAUUACAAAGUACGAAGAUUAUGCUCUUCCUCCAGAAAAUAGGCUAAAUCUCGAGUUGUCAUUGUUAAAUUGUAGCUACUUUUUAAAUGUGGAGAUUUGUUUUGCCAACUCGUCCUAGUUAAAUGCAUGUUCAGUUCUGCUUCAUUUAUAACAA